UAAUCCUCGCCCGCUCGUAGCCGGUGACAGCUGCUGCUGCGCCUGCUGUGAGUGCUGCUCCAGACGAGUAGACCUCCGCGUCUUCAUCUCCUCGGCUUCCUGGGGUCCCCGCUGCCUCCGUUGUCGAGACCGAAGAUUGUCUUUGAAAAAGGAUCCCUCCCCACCCCCACCUCCCCUACGGCACAAACAGAAAUCGAGCCACUGUCGAUAUCCCUUGCUUCUUGCUUCCAUGGGAAGCAUGAGUCUAUUGGAACUUGGGACAAGAAGAAAUCAAGGUAUCUCUACUACAGAGCCCAGACACUAAACACAUGUCCCAAACUCUGAAGAGCCAGGACACAAACAUGAGUGACAGUGGCUACAGGGAUCCUGUGGAAGACUCUCAAAACGUUUUGGGAAAUGAUCCAUCAGUAAACUCUCAAGCACAGGACCCCAUAGUCACACCGAGUAACACUGUGGAAGCCCAGACCCUACAUCCCACAUCUGAUCUUAAGGAAGACCAUCAUGAAAUAGGGGCCAAAGGUCAGGAGCAUGCAGACACAGGUGACAGGGCAGAAAGUUCUGAGGAACCAGCUUUGGAGAAACCUCCACUGGAUAAAGCAGAACUGGAGAGGAGCCCGAGUUCUCAGGACACAGAGCAAAGGCAUCACCCCUACUCGGAACAUGUGGGCGGAGACACCCUGGUUCUGGAUCCUAACUACUCUCAAAGCGACUUGGGAGGAAGAGCGGAUGCACACCUGGAGAGCAGCUCUGCAGCCCCCACAGAGGGGGCAGGUGAGGGAGGUGAAGCAGGUGCACACCUGGAGAGCAGCUGUGCAGCCCUCCCAGUGGGAGCAGAUGAGGGAGGAAGAGCGAAUGCACACCUGGAGAGCAGCUCUGCAGCCCCCACAGAGGGGGCAGGUGAGGGAGGUGAAGCAGAUGUACACCUAGAAAGCAGCUCUGCAGUCCCCCCAGAGGAGGCCCAUCUGGAGAGCAGCUCUGCAGCCCCCUCAGAGGGGGCAGGUGAGGGAGGUGAAGCAGAUGCACACCUGGAGAGCAGCUCUGCAGCCCCUUCAGAGGGGGCAGGUGAGGGAGGUGAAACUGCUCAGAACCUACUUGCUGUAGACUCUACCGAUGCCCAGAGUCCCUGUCACUCCAGUGCAGGCCCAGGGAGCCAGGAUUCACUGAGGAGAAGACUGCCUGUGACAGAGGCUGAAAGGCAUGAAGAAGAGACACAGUUGGUGACGGAAAAGGAGGAGGUCGCACAGGAAACAUUGAGAAAGACUGAGAAAAAGAGUCUCUGGACCUAUGGUUCCAUGUUUCUUGGCUGCCUGAUUGUGGCUGUGGUGCUAAGCUCUGUCAACAGCUACUAUUCCUCCCCAGCUCAGCAGGUGCCACAGAACCCAGCUCUGGAGGCCUUCCUGGCUCAGUUUAGCCAACUGAGGGAGAAAUUUCCAGGUCAGAGUGCCUUCCUGUGGCAGCGAGGGCGUAAGUUUCUCCAGAAGCACCUCAACGCCUCAAACCCCAGUGAGCCAGCCACCGUCAUCUUCACAGCUGCUCGAGAGGGGAAGGAGACCCUCAAGUGCCUGAGCUACCACGUGGCCAAUGCCUACACCUCUUCCCAGAAGGUAACUGCCGUCUCCAUAGACGGAGCGGAGAGAGCCCUGCAGGACAGUGACACAGUCAAGCUGUUGGUUGACUUGGAGCUCAGCUAUGGGUUUGAGAAUGGCCACAAGGCUGCUGUAGUCCACCACUUCGAAUCCCUUCCUGCGGGCUCCACCCUGAUCUUCUACAAGUACUGUGACCACGAGAACGCCGCCUUUAAAGAUGUGGCCCUUGUCCUGACCGUCCUGCUGGAGGAGGAAACGUUAGAAGCAAGUGUAAGCCCCAGGGAAACAGAAGAAAAAGUGAGGGAUUUGCUCUGGGCCAAGUUCACCGACUCCGGAACUCCCAGCUCCUUCAGCCACAUGGACUCAGACAAACUGAGUGGACUCUGGAGCCGUAUCUCCCACCUCGUGCUGCCCGUGCAGCCCGUCAAGAACAUAGAAGAGCGAGGCUGCCUUUUGUGAAGCCAGCCACCAAGGUGACAUUGAAGGGCCAGGCCUGAGGGCUCUGUUGCAAUGGGAGGAGGUGAUUGGCACGUGAGAGGAAACAGCUGGUGCACGAGACUUUAUGUUGGAAAAGAAGCCUUUUUUUCCUUUUACUUUUAUAAAAACUUUCUAGUCUGAACUUUGAUAAAACUAACAAUUGGCCUGAUGUUUUUCUUUGUCUUUUAAAGCCAAUCAGGUUGAUGUAUGUAUGGAUCGUUUAGGUGUCCAGCCCAUUGGUAGAAUCGUUGCACAGGAAGUUCUGAUUCUCCGGGAACUGCACUACCACUGCUGUCCUGCAAGGACUCUAACCGGCCACCAGGGCCAUGUUUGGACCUGGACUAGGCGUAAUUCCAAUGAUUUUAGAGGACACUUCUACCACAUCUUAAGUUCUUUCUAAGAUUCACUUUAAUAAUGCACUCGUGGGGUUGGUUGUAUCUUACACAGAUUUGCACUUUGACUAGGUGAAAACAGGAAAUUACAGUUCAGCCCCCCCCAGACCUACCUAAGAACCUGGUGUGUGUAUGCUUUUAUUCCGUUAAGGAGCUGAGGUAGGAACAGCUGCUCUCAAACGAACAAACAAAAAUGUUCCCAAGCAUCAAUGUAGAAAUUGUUAGUAAUCACCAGAAAUAAAAAAAUCCCAACUGGCGAUAUCAUUUCUCUGUGCCUACCCGCGGCCCCUCCUCCCUAUGAGAGCAUGCCUGCCCUUGGCUGCUGCUGGUAUUUUGGCUUCUCUGUUAAGAUUUCGGUGGAACUGAGUUUCACCGAAAGGAAGUUUAAAAACCCUUGAUGAAGUGAAAGCACAUUCUAGAAUAGGAAGUUGGAUAGGAAGAAAUGGCAGGGUUAGGAGUUGACCAGGGUUACAAAGACCUGCAGGUGAGCUAGCUACUCGAGGAUGUCUGUUGGUCUUUCUGGCUUCCCCACUGGAAUUUCACAUUUGUCUGUGGUAAGAGUCUGAGUGCUGUUUCAGAAAAGACUUGAGUAAUAGCAGCUGCUGCAGGAGGAUGUUCUCCAUAGGGGACAGGAAGAGGAAUCAUGGCCAGUGUCAGUUGUUAAGCUUCGUCCCAUGAUUUCAGACUGGGCCAAUAGCUGUUGAUCAGCACAUGAACUCUGAAAGUAAAACGCUAGUAAAAUGAUCUUGACCCUCAUCCAUUACAUGGGUGGGGAAAAAGCCCUUGGAACUUGGCACUCAGUUUUGGGUCAUCUGCUGCUAUGAGAUCAUGUAUGUAGUUGAGACAUUAAGCCACAGAGUCUAGAGGGAUUUUAGGAAACACUAAGAUUUCUAUUGAUAGUUAAAAGGAUCACAGAGGCCCUCGUGAGAGGUAAUCUGAAAAUAUUUACCAUAAAAUGGCUUUGGCCAGAGCCUUUGGUGUUAAGUAAGUUAAUUAUGGGGGCCCAGGUGAAGCAGUACGCAUUUGGAAUUUUGAAGGUAUCCUGAAAUAGACGUAAGAAAAAACCCUACACAAAAUUUAAGCAUGGUGAAUGGGGUUUUACUGUUAAACCAGUGUAAAACACAGGGACUGUAGAAAAAUCUGUCUGCCAUAUUUGAUUUUUCUUUUUUCUUCUGUAUUUCUAAACUCACUUGUUUCGAAUGCUAGUGGCUUGUCAUAGAGCCAUGCUGGCCUGGUGCUUACCCUGUGGUGUAGGCUGACUUUGAACUUACAGUGAUUUUUCCUACCUCGGCUUCCUGAGUGCUGAGGCUAUAGGUGUGUACCGUUGUACUCAGCUCUUAGCUACUAACAUUACAUCACGUAAAGCCACGUCAGAAGGCGCCUUGCAGAGCUGCUGUGUUGGCCUUUGACCUGUGCUCCAGAGGAACUGUGGAGAGGACGCUAGAGGAACUGGUCAGCAGUAUUUGUAUACAGUCUGUGUCAGGGACUCAGGUCACAGGUGAACUAGGUAAUCAUUUCUUCAUUAAAACUGUAAAACUACAGCCUUACAAAGUUUGCUGUUAACAAAAAUUCAGGAUAUAAUACAUUCUAGAAAUUUAUUUUCAUCUUUUUCCUAUUUACCUUGUUAAAAAACACUUUUCCUCAUACGUGCAAUCAACUGAGACUCAUCAGUUUUCUACACUGUUUCAAAUCCUCCGGCCUUAACAUUCAUUCAAGGAGAGUGCCCUAUCACUAAGCUGUAUUCCCAGACCUUUAAAAAAUAAUUUUGAAAAAAACCCCAAAAAACAGUAUAUGUUUGUUUGGGGUCAGAACAAAUGAUUUUCUGUUUUUGAUACAGAGUCUGUACAUAGCCCAAAGUAGUAAUUCUCAAGCCUUAGACUUUUACAUAAUGAGAUUCUAGGAGUGUGCCGCCAUACCAGCUCAGUGCAGUUACUUUUAAAACAAAAAUAUACUUUAAAAUGUAUACAUAUCUAUUUUCAACUGAACACACACACACACACACACACACAUACAUACAUAACACACACACACAUACACAUUGGUGGUGUUUUUGUUUUUUUGUUUUGUUUUGUUUUAAAUAGGAAUCCCUUCUUGAGUAAUACCAAGUCUCUGAAACAAGCAGGGGAAAUAGAAACUGUCUUUAGACUUGAGUCUCGCUUUCCCUUUCAGGUAAAAUUUAGGGUUCUUAGGGUUCUUUUAGGUAGUUCUCAGAGAUCAUCAGAGAAGUUCUAGAGAGUUCUUAUCCCUGAACUAAUUUGAACAAAUUUUAUCUGGAAGUUCGGAGGCUUGGGGGAGGGUAGUGAGGAUCAGUGCCCUUCCUGUCGGCCCACCCUAACAGUGCUGGCUGAUGGAGGGGACAGCUUUGUCUCAAGGCCUUUGGUUCACAUUCUCGUUUAAGGCCGGAGCACUGUGAGCACAGAUGCUGGGUAUGGCAGACAGAUGUGAACACGAGAGAAAUGCAGCAAAACGAUGACCAGCAACACGCUUACAUUCUCUAUCAAGGAUUUCUUAGCCCCAAGAAUCCUGCCUUGAUGUAUUCACAAAUUUAACGGCUUGUCAGACUUUUCAAGUCACCAUAACUGCUUUUUUGCAUUUGUUUCCAUAUUGAUGAUGUUGAAUGUGCCUUAUUCAAAUCAACUGUCAUUUACAAUAAAUUGCCUUGAUUUUUCCUAGUUGCUUGAUUUUUGACUAAAAUUUCCAAAAUAAAGAGUUUAUGGAAA